GCGCAGUUUAAUAGAGAUAAACAAAAGAGAAAACAUGGAUUGUGCACCGCUGAAUUUGGCGCAUUUCCAUGAACGUCGCUCCGAGCGGUUUAUGCGUCACCAUCGCUACGAGGAGGCAAUCAAAGCGCUGGAGACUUCGCUAAUAUAUUUACAAGAUGCAUAUAAAAAUGUACAAUUGGCCAAAUCGAAGGAGGUGUUGGACACAUUAACGCUUGACUUUCAGCGCAAACUGCGUCAGAUCGAGAUGCGUAAGACGCAACAUGGCCUCACCAAGAUGAAGGAUUUUGUGCAACUCAAGGAAACUAGUGCGAUGCUGCCACUGCGACCCGAGCAUGGCGUCGGAUCAGCGCAAUCCGUUGCCAAGGCCAUCGAUAAGACCGUGCAGGAUUUCGAUGCCAAGUUUACAUCGACUGUGGAUCGAAUACCUAAAACAACGCCAGCAUUAGUUGAGCUCAAAGUGGACGCAAUGAUAAAAAACGAUGCGCAGGCAGAAAGUCAAGAGUUCCACAGUUGUUCAGUAUUGGAGCGCAGCUCAGAGCAUGAUAUGCCAUCACUGACACCGUUGGAGUUGCCAUCGUUCGAUUACACCAUGUUCAUCAGUUCAUCGGCGCCCUCGCUGGCCAGCUAUAUCGGCAUGGCCGAAAGUUUUCAAAAGUAAAUCGUGAUCAAGUCAAAAAAAUGUAA